AUGUUGGUCUUCUUACUUCUUCUCAUGGUCUCAUUGACCGCAUCUCAACGUCCGAGUAUAAUUUUGGCUUCUCAAGUUCAAAAUCCUCCAGCAGCUUUAUUUCAGGCUAGAGCGACAUCUCAAGAUGAGCUAGAUCCUUGCCAAUAUAUGCUUCAAAACUUAACCAAUGUUGAUGUUGAUAAUCUUCAAGCACACGAAUUCGCUUCACUCGAACAAUGCCUGUACUAUUAUUUAGCUGGAGAGACAGCAAAGCGAAUGAAAAGGCUAGGAAUCCCACACCCAAUUGCUUCCGUCCCACCAAAUUAUUUAAGCCGUCACCCCGUCAAGAUUAAGUUCAACCAAAUCACUUUGCAACAUUUCGAACUCAAUGAAUAUCUUAAAGAUAUUGCUAUUCAUGGAUAUUUCGAGGUUAGCUGGAUGGAUGAUCGCCUUGUCUGGAGUACUGAUCAAUGGAAAAUGGAAAAAUUACAAAUCCAGAGCUUGAAUCAUGUUUGGUUCCCAAUCUUCACAGCCCAAAAUCAUGAAACUCAUUUGAAAAACGGAGAUGCUUUUGAGGUUAGACGAGUAGAAACAUCUCAUGAAGGAAACGUGUCAGCUAUUGUUGCUUUCUCUCUAAGAACGUUUUGCGAUGAUUCUGACUUUGAAAACUAUCCAGAUGAUGUCUACAAGUGUUGCUUCACUUUAGAGCCAAGAACUAAUCCCGAUAUCAUGGAGUUUGACGAGUCUGGACUACCAAUCUUCACAGAUCCAAAAUAUUUCCGAAACUAUGGAUGGAAACUUUCGGGAACGGUUCCUCAAGCUUUGGAUGAUCCAGAACAAGUUGCUCAAAUGGGUUUCUGCAUUAACUUGCAAAGAGCCACUUCAACCAUCCGUAUUGAGUUGACCGUUCCAUUGAUGGUAUGCUCUCUUCUUUUCCUUUUGACUCCAUUCCUGGGACAAAUCAAACUACAGGUCGUAGCAAAGUUCUUCGUCAUGGCUUUGCAAUUCAUAACAUUCCUUUUGUACAGCAACCGCAUUGAUACUCACCUGGGAACUGCUUCAGCUACACCUCGUCUAUUGAGAUUCCUAGAAUUCUCUGUACUCCUGAAUGGUGUAUCCAUUGCUGUUUCCGUUGUUCUUUGGUCACUAUGCAAAAUUAGAAGAACUCUUCCUCCCUGGGGACAAUUAACACAAUUGUCUUCUUUGGUAAAUCGCUUCUUGUGCGUCUUCCAAACACACUCUGAUGAUGAGGAGAUGGAAAAAGCUACCGGAAAUACUUAUCAAAACGAUUGGAUUGCUGCAUUCACAGCCAUUCAUGCUCUUCUCAUGUCACUUAUCAUCAUAGUUUUCAUAUUCGCCUGGCUGAUCAUCCUCUAA